UAAAACCCAAUAUGAGCACUGCAAAGCAGGAUAUCAUCGCGGUUGAAGCUGCCGCGGAGAAAGAGCCAUGCCUGGAAACGUCUGUUCCAAGGAAAGCUGCGAGUUUCCGACAACUUCUACUUCGAUUCAUUGUCAUAUACUGGCGAUCCAUUGUUGUAAUAACAUGGCCGAUAGUUCUGUCUCCUAUAAUAAUUUACAACAAUGAAAGGAUGUACAGAUGUUUGUACGUCGUUGCUAUGAUGGCGGUCUACUGGGUGACGGAAGCUCUGCCGCUUCCAAUCACAUCCCUCAUGCCGAUCUUUCUUUAUCCGAUAAUGGGGAUAUUGGACACAACCGAUACAACGAAGUGUUAUUUAAACGAUACCACAAUGAUGUUCCUCGCAAGUCUUAUCAUUGCCGUUGCAAUUGAACAUUCAGGAUUGCACAUGCGCGUUGCUUUCCUGAUCAUCAAGGUAGUUGGAUGUGGUCAUAGGAGGUUAUCCUUCGGUAUUUUCUUGGUUACCAUGUUCAUUUCUAUGUGGAUUUCGAAUACCGCCGCUACGGCUAUGAUGAUUCCAAUAAUUAAUACUGUGCUCAUGGAAAUGGAAAAUCAAGGACUCGGCGCUAUGUUUAUCGAAGACAAAGACGACUUUGAAAACGCCGAAGGUGGUGAGUCUGCCAAGAAACCGACCCGUGCCACGAUGACGUACUAUAUGAUCGCAUCGUACGCCUCUAGUAUAGGUGGUACAGGUACAGUAGUUGGAAGCGGAACUAAUUUAACUUUUAAAGGACUUUACGAAGGACGGUUUCCACAUAGUCCAGGCAUCAAUUUUUCGGAAUGGAUGUGUUACGCUGUUCCACCAAUGCUGAUUUGUGGUUUUUUGAUAUGGAUAUGGCUACAAAUUAUGUACAUGGGAAUGUUCAGGCCAAACAGCAAGGAUGCUCAGGAUGUAAAUAUUGGCCGGGAGGGUGAAAAAAUUGCCGAAAACGUUAUUCAGCAAAAAUACAAGGACUUAGGGCCAAUCACGUGGCACGAAUCUUGCGUUGCAAUUCUGUUCGUUUUAGUCAUUUUCAUGUGGUUCUUCAGAAAACCUGGAUUUGUUACCGGGUGGCCCACAUACAUUACUUCUAUGCCCUUCAAGGACUCCAGUUCAGCAAUUUUCGUCACGCUUUUAAUGUUCAUAAUCCCCGCAAAUCUAGACUUUCUCAAUUCGUUCAGUAAAGACCCCAGCAAACGUCCAACAAAACCGACUCCCGGAUUGAUAAGCUGGAAAUUAAUUCAGACAAGAAUGCACUGGGGUCUCAUGUUCGUUCUUGGCGGUGGUUUCGCUUUAUCAGUGGGCAGUACUGAUUCAGGACUCUCGACACUACUGGGAAAUGCAUUAACCGGCCUGCGGUAUUUGCAUCCAGUAGUUAUUUUAUUCAUCGUUUGUUUCAUGGCUCAGAUGAUUACAGAAUUGACCUCGAACGUCGCGAUUGCCAACAUUAUAUUACCGAUACUUGCUGAAUUGUGCGUAUCGAUCAAGUUGCAUCCGCUGUAUUUGAUGUUACCAGCUUCCUUGUGUUGCUCAUUUUCGUUUCAUCUGCCAGUCGGGACACCGCCAAAUGCCAUCGCAACUGCGGCCGGACACAUUAAAACCAAGGAUUUGGUGAUAGCGGGUAUAGGUCCAAGUGUAAUUACGUUGAUAGUGCUGACUAUCGGAUUCCCUACUUGGGGAAGUGUCAUAUACGAUCUCCACGAAUUCCCAGAUUGGGCCAACAUGACGAUGAGUACCAAGAGUUAAUGUAUUCCGAAAAUUUGAGGUGCAUAUCAUCGAUAUAUGCCGAUAGAGGACUAUACAUACGUUUGAGAAUUUAAUGAAGUCAUUUACCAAACAAGUUUGGUAAAUAAAGUUCCUCAUCCCAAUUCAACAAGCUCAUUUGAUUCAAGACUAUUCGAGCACUUCGGAAUGAUUGAAUCAAAAUUUGAUUAUAUUCUUUCCGAAUGCAAACUGUUAUCCGAAUCUUCUGUAUAAACACAAAUAAAUGUAAUUUGAAUGGCGGUCCAAUUAUCGUUUCCGGUGCCAUAAAAAGAAACAAAAGGAAACGUUUGAACGCAUGACAAUUAUGUGGUCACUUUGUCGUUUGCAGAAUUUGUCACAUGAUGCCACUUGCCUCAUGUCCUCAAUUAGUGUAUACUAAAGGAAAUAGGCAGAUGGAAUGGAGGCUGUAAAUGUCAAUUAUCAUGUAUCACUUUGAACUUUUUCACUGUUUUCCGAAUACAAGAGCAAUCAAUAACUUCUUAUUCAACGAAGCAUAACAUAUUUCUCAGGUUAGAUACCAUUAAGUGUAACUCUGGUACGUACCGUUCGUAAUUUCAACUAAGGUUGUAACCGUGCAAUGUAAUUUAAUUGGGGACCUUUAGUUAAGCUAUCUUCAUAGGUGUAAUACACAUCAUGUAAUGUAUAGCACUUUGGCCUUUUGUAACUUGUGAAAAUUGCAAAAGUAGCUCUCUAUCAUUAUAGUCGUUGAUUCACAGAAGAUUCAUGAUCGUAAUGUAUAAAUAUUACAUAUAAUAUCUUCAAUACACUUCAAGCCUUCGAAGAGAGUUGUGCUAGUUAAUUUUUACAUACUCCAGUAAAUACGUUUUUUGCGAGUUGUGAAAGAUUCGCUAACGAGAACUACUUACGCCAUAAUAAGGUUAUUAAUAACAGUGUGAAUAGAAAAAACAAAUUUCACGAUUAAAAUGAGAGCGAGUAACUUAUCGUAUAAGAGUGGAAAUCUUUACCUAACUACGAUUAUCGUUCAUUAAAUCAAUCAUCAUAAUUAACACCUAUCCAGAUAAUUAAUCAUUUUCUGGUUAGUUUAUCAGAAUAAGAUUUUCUUUUACAAUUAAUGCGAUGAAUUGUUUAUUCCAUUAAGUCACAAAUAUAAAUCAGCCUACUGUAUUAGUCGGCGAUAAAGAUUCAAUAUGGUUAUAGAAAGAUAAGAGUACAAAUGACACUUGCAAUUAUGAUAUGUGAAAUAAGAACUCACAUCAAAAUGUUAGAUGACCUUUAUUUUGGUAAAAAAGACCUGUUUACAGCUGCUGCUGAUUAGGCUCAACCUAAUAGAUUAAGUACUGGGAAAUAAAGAGGGUGACUCGAGAAUAGCAAUAAGAAGGGCAAAAAUUAUACCGUGUCAGAAUCUGUCUUGUCCUCGACCAAUAGAAUUGUGUUAUACAUACAGCUAAAUGCCGACGUGAAAUCAUUUUACAACCUCAUUUUAGAACCAUCGUAACAAAGAAUAAAAGUAAGCGUGAAUA